UGAACAGGGAGCAGACGUGAUUCCACUGGAAUCGUUAAAAGACCAGUGGCUGGACAUGGAUUUUUUCCACACUGUUACGUCGUCAAACACGACUGUCUUCUCUGACAGUUUUUGAUCACGUGAACAAGCUCGCCUCGAGUAAAGGUCACAUAAACUAACAUCUAAGUUCUGACUCCAGCUACGUUUAAUUUCGGUCAACCAUUGGGGCCUAACGCUUAAAUCAACAACAGUUACAUCAAACUGUAACAAACUGAUGUGCAAACAACUUGUGUGGUGCAGUCUCCAAACCGCCCCCGUGAACUUAGCUCCACCCCCAAACACCUGCGCAAAUUACAUACGCAUAAAGCAAAUUCUUCCUUUUCUACUUCCCCAAUGGACAGAACGUUGGUCAAGUUUAGGCAUUGUAGUCACGACAUAUAUUGUUUUUCCGACCAAGUGAAUGGUUGUCAUGAACCUGCCGCGCAGUCUAGACAUGCGUUUCCUGUGGAAUGUGUUGUAACCAAAUCACGUUUGUUACAUUGCCCUGUUUGUUUUGAGCGAUUGAAGUAUAAUAUUCUCGAUGCACCUGUAAGUAUUCCCUGCCCGUUUACCAAUGGACACAAGGUUCCUUGCGCGUUCUGUAUAGGAUCCAUGCACGGGCCAUUACAUUUCAGUGAACUGGAUGACUCGGAACUGCACGUUGGGAUAACAAACUGUGAAGGUGUGGUCUAUAACUACACACUGACAGGGAUCAGAAGAGAUGAAUGUGGAUGGGAACAGUGCAUCAGUGUGCCACUGGUCCAACCUGACAGCGACAGUCUGAAAAAGAAGUGGGACAGGGAACUGGAGCAGUUCGCCUGUCUGGCCUUGUGGGUCCCAGAAAGAUUUUAUGAAGAGAGAGAAUUUGGCUCCAGCUGCUAUGCCUUUGUUCUCACCUUUAUAAACCACAUGCAGGACAAAGAAGGCAAACCAUGUCUGACAAGGGAUGAGUUCACAGGGAGAUAUAUCCUUCCCAGAAUGAAGAUAGUCUCAAAGUAUAUCAGAGUCUACCAAGAAAUUUCCAAGCACGGCUUUUAUGUAGUAGACAAAUCCAGAGAUUAGAUGUUGUAAUGUCAGAACUGCGUGUGGA